AUGAAGAAUCCACGGGCGUUGGCGGACCAAUCGAAAUACUGCCGCUUCCACCGGCAACAUGGGCACGACACCGAGCAAUGUCGGGAGCUAAAGAGGCAGAUCGAGGAGCUCAUUCACAGGGGACACCUCAGUCAUUACCUCCGACCGGACAAGGAACUUUCACCGCGCCCGGAGGGUCCCAUCGAACGACGCAUCGAUACAAUAACGGGCGGCCCCAUGUCUGGCGGGGAUUCUAUGACCCGAAGAAAGGCGUACGCCAGGGCCGCUCCGGCCGAAGCUCCCAAGCAUGGACUCGAGCCUAACGUCACUUUCCCGGCCGAGGCAUCCGAACAAACCGAGCACGACGAUGCGCUCGUGAUAUCGGCCAGAAUAGCCAAUGCUCAAGUAAGAAGGAUCAUGGUCGAUACCGGGAGCUCAGCCGACAUACUAUACUUCGACGCCUUCCAAAAGCUCGGCUUGUCCGUAGAUGACAUGAAGCCGAUGAUGUCGGCACUCACCGGAUUUACCGGUGACUCGAUCUCGCCGCUGGGGGCGAUCACUUUACCUCUGACCCUGGGAGCCCCGUCGAGGUCAAAGACGGUGAUGACCACCUUCCUGGUAAUCGACCUUCCCGCUGCAUAUAACGCCAUUCUCGGUCGGCCGACCCUCAACAAAGUCAGAGCCGUCGUCUCAACCUACUACCAAACCAUGAAGUUCCCAACCCACGCUGGGACCGAAGAAGUCGCAGGAAGCCCCCGAGAAUCCAGGCACUGCUACCUGGCCACUGUUUCGUUGCACAAGAAGGCCAGGCUCGAACCACCAUUGGCGGACCCCCGGGAGACAAAGAAGCCAACCCCCUAUCCUAAGCCGAGGGGGUCCACCAUCGACGUGCCGCUGCUAGAAGAUCGGCCGGAGUAG